AGUUUGUAAGGCCCAACAUAUUGUUGCACUUCCACGUGCGCGCGCCGACGCCAAUUGACGACCACAACAUCAGAAAAAAAUGACUAAUUUCCAGCCACUAAAUGUGCGACGGUUUCAGCAAAAGGCCCAAGUAGUCACACCCGACACCAUAUAUUGGAAUCGCUUGGCGAAACCGGAGCUGCUCAAGGAACACACAACGAUCGACUAUAUAGACUUCAGUCCAAGUGAUCCAGACAAUUUUGUGCUGACAUGUUCGGUGCGUGUGCAAAUCUACAAUCUGGUGACAAAGCUGGUGGUUAAGAAUUUGUCACGCUUCCAAAAGACCGCGUACGGUGCCACAUUUAGGCAGGACGGUCGCCUUUUGGCCGCCGGCGACGAGGAGGGUCAUGUGAAGCUUUUCGAUACAACUAGCCGAAGCAUAUUGCGUCUGUUCAAGGGCCACAAGGCGCCCGUGCAUCGCACCUUCUUUACGGCCGACAAACUGCAUUUGGCCAGCUUUGCGGACGACAAAUCCGUCCGUCUCUGGGAUGUGGCGAACGAGAAGGUGGUGCAAACAUAUGAGGAUGCGCACAGCGACUAUAUACGAGCCGGUGCCAUGCAUCCGCAGGCGAAGCACAUGUUCAUCUCCGGCGGCUAUGAUGGUAAAAUCAAUCUCUAUGACACGCGCGCCGAACAGGCAAUAACACAAACCUUGGAUCAUGGCAGUCCCGUUGAGUCGAUGCUGUUCCUGCCGAGCGGUUCAAUAUUCAUCACAGCCGGCGGCACACAGGUGCGCGUCUGGGAUUUAAUCAGUGGCUGUCGCUUGCUAACGACCAUGUCACAGCACCACAAGACGAUAACGUGUCUGCGUCUGGGCUCCGACGGCAGGCGUCUGCUCUCCGGCGGUCUGGAUCGUCAUGUCAAGAUCUAUGAUGUUAGCACAUAUAAAACGGUGCACACACUUACCUAUCCAAAUGCGGUGGUCAGCCUGGCCGUUGCUGCCAAGGAUCAGGCUGUUGUUGCCGGCAUGGUCGAUGGCUUGGUCUCCAUCAAACGGAUGAUUGUCGACAGCAAACCGAGCCAUCUGAAGCAAAUCAAGGCCAGCCAUCGGCAGAAGCAUUUCAAGAGAUUGGCGCGUCCAAAUACUGGCCAACCGGUUGAUCAUGUAAUUACCGUCAAAAGAAGCGCAACCAAGCUCAAACCGUACGAUAUACAUCUGCGCAAAUUCAACUAUAAGCAGGCGCUUGACUUUGUCUGUACACGCCGGAACAUUGAGAAGUUUCCGGAAAACGUUGUCGCCGUCAUCACAGAGCUGCAGCAUCGCAGCGCACUGCAGGCGGCGCUCACAAAUCGACCCGACGAGAAGAUCAUACAGUUUAUUAACUUUCUGUGCGAUCAUAUGGGUGAGGUGCGAUUUAUGCGUCCGCUCCUGAAUGCCGCCAGCGCCGUAAUGGAUGUGUUCGAGAACAAUGUAUUUAGCUACAACAAACAGAUGCUGUCUGCCCUGGAGCGGCUCAGGCGGACAAUGCAGGCCGAGAUUCGUCUGACCUGUGAACUGUUGCAGGUGAAGGGCGCUCUCGAGAUGAUCAUUGGCGGUGCGCUGGACAACAACGAGGAGACGGCGCCCACACUACGCUACACACAUAACAAAACGCCCAAAAUGCAUCCCUCAAAGGCGGCCUCCAACUAUGUGGUCAUUGUCGACUGACCCGGAGCCAAUUCUAUAGACUUGGCGCAUGCUUAAACCUCAGCCCGUCGCACAUAAGCAUUAUUCUAAUUGCUUUUCACUUUCGAUUCGCAUACAUAAUUAUGCACAUGCCAAAUGGGCGGGGGGAUUGUACAAAGCUAAAUUCACGUUCGUUUUAAUUAUUGUUAGAAAAAU